GGGGGCGGCGCAGCCGCGGCGACGCGGGGCCGGGAUGCGGCUGGAUGGGGCUGCGCGGGCUGCUCGCCCUCCUGCGCGCCGCCGCCCCCUCGGCUGGGGAUGAGGCCCUGGAGGAGCUGAAGAUGUCUGGAGCAGCCUCAUACGAGCAGUUGGUGCGGCAGGUGGAGGCGCUGCGCAGGGAGAACAGCCACCUCCGGCGUGAGCUGCAGGACAACUCCCAGCACCUCUCCAAGCUGGAGAAUGAGACCUCGGACAUGAAGGAAGUGCUGAAGCACCUGCAGGGGAAGCUGGAGCAGGAGGCACGGGUGAUGGUGUCCUCAGGGCAGACGGAGGUGCUGGAGCAGCUGAAAGCUCUGCAGAUGGAUGUGAGCAGCCUCUACAGCCUCAAGUUCCCAGAGGUUGCAGUGGGGGCCGGGGAGGACAGCGCGCAGCACGGCGCAACCCAUGGGGACGGCGCUGGGGACGUCGGCAGGGCCACCCUGCGGCUGCUGGAGGAGCUGGACAGGGAGAGGUGUUUCUUGCUGGGGGAGAUCGAGAAGGAGGAGAAGGAGAAGGUGUGGUACUACGCACAGCUGCAGAGCCUCUCCAAGCGCCUGGAGGAGCUGCCCCACGUGGAGACGUUCUCCAUGCAGAUGGACCUCAUCCGGCAGCAGCUGCAGUUUGAGGCGCAGCACAUCCGAGCGCUGAUGGAGGAACGCUUCGGGACGGCGGAUGAGAUGGUGCAGCGGGCACAGAUCCGGGCAUCCCGGCUGGAGCAGAUCGACAAGGAGCUGAUGGAGGCUCAGGACAAAGUGCAGCCUCCGGAGCCGCAGCUCUGCACAAAGCUGCCGGGCACAGAGGAGGACAGCAGUGCGGACGUCCCGACGCACCCAGAGGACGGGGGCAGCAGCAAGGUGGAGGUGGUCUUCUGGCUGCUGUCCAUGCUGGCCACGAGGGACAAGGACGACAUGUCGCGCACGCUGCUGGCCAUGUCCAGCUCACAGGAGAGCUGCCUGGCCAUGCGCAAGUCGGGCUGCCUGCCGCUGCUCAUCCAGAUCCUGCACGACUCCGACCGUGAACCCGGCCCCCCCGAGAGCCCCACCGGUGCCAAGGAUGCCCGCAUGCGCGCCAACGCCGCGCUGCACAACAUCGUCUUCUCGCAGCCCGAUGAGGGGCAGGCCAAGAAGGAGAUGCGGGUGCUGCACGUGCUGGAGCAGAUCCGCUCCUACUCGGAGACCUGCUGGGAUUGGCUGCAGAUGCAGAGCAGGGAUGGGGGCAAAGGGCCCGAGGGCAGCACUGCACCGGUGCCCAUCGAGCCCCAGAUCUGCCAGGCCACCUGUGCCAUCAUGAAGCUCUCCUUCGAUGAGGAGUACCGGCGUGCCAUGAACGAGCUGGGUAAGGGGUGGGAUGGGGUGAGAGCAGCGAUGCUGGGGAGCCCAGUGGUGCCCAGGGGGCGUCAGGCCACUGUGACCCCAUCCUGUCCCACAGGUGGGCUGCAGGCAGUGGCUGAGCUGCUGCAGGUGGACUACGAGAUGCACAAGAUGACGAGCGAUCCCCUGAACCUGGCGCUGCGGCGCUACGCAGGGAUGGCCCUCACCAACCUCACCUUUGGGGACGUGGUCAACAAGGCAACGCUGUGCUCACGCCGGGGCUGCAUGGAAGCCAUCGUGGCCCAGCUGGGCUCCGACAGCGAGGAGCUGCACCAGGUGGUCUCGAGCAUCCUGAGGAACCUCUCCUGGAGAGCCGACAUCAACAGCAAGAAGGUGCUGCGGGAGGUGGGCAGCGUGGCGGGGCUGACACAGUGCGCGCUGCACGCGGCCAAGGAAUCCACACUGAAGAGUGUCCUGAGCGCGCUGUGGAACCUGUCGGCGCACAGCACAGAGAACAAAGCCGCCAUCUGCGGCGUGGAGGGAGCCCUGGGCUUCCUGGUCAGCACCCUCACCUACAAGUGCCAGAGCAACUCGCUGGCCAUCAUCGAGAGCGGCGGCGGCAUCCUGCGCAACGUCUCCAGCCUCAUCGCCACGCGCGAGGACUACAGGCAGGUGCUCCGGGACCACAACUGCCUGCAGACGCUGCUGCAGCACCUGCGCUCGCACAGCCUCACCAUCGUCAGCAAUGCCUGCGGCACGCUUUGGAACCUGUCUGCCCGCAGCCCCCGCGACCAGGAGCUGCUCUGGGACCUGGGGGCGGUCAGCAUGCUGCGCAACCUCAUCCACUCCAAGCACAAGAUGAUCGCCAUGGGCAGCGCGGCCGCGCUCCGCAACCUGCUCACCAACCGGCCCCCCAAGUACAAGGACACGGCCGUCGUCUCGCCGGGCUCUUGCAUGCCGUCUCUGUACAUGCGCAAGCAGAAGGCGCUGGAGGCCGAGCUGGAUGCCAAACACCUGGCUGAGACCUUCGACACCAUGGAGAAGCAGAGCUUGAAGAGCCAGAGCGCCAAGAAGCCGCUGCGGCACAUGGAGAGCCUGGUGAAGGACUACGCCUCCGACUCGGGCUGCUUCGAUGACGAUGAGGUGCCCAACAUCUCCACUGGUGUGGAAACAGCCAGCGCCUCCGUCCUCUCCAUGUUCCUGGGCUCCUCCUUCCUACAGGGCCAGGCGCUGCCGCGGGCUCUGGCGCACAGACGGUGCCCAGAACCGGAGAAGGACGAUGGUGGGAAGCCGGCGGAGCCCAAGAAGCCGCCGCUGCCGGAGGACGACGUCUCUUUGGCCGCCGAGAAGCUGGCCAACAAGAUCUCCAGCACGGUGGCCAAGAUCGACAAGCUGGUGGAGGACAUCUCCACCAUGCACACGUCCUCGGAUGACAGCUUCAGCCUCAGCUCAGAGGACCACGGCCUGGACUGGCAGUACGGCCCCGAGGAGCCGCCCGAGGCGCGCGCCCACUCCUGCUCCCCGUGCCGUCUCUCGGACACCGGAGGCUCUGCCAGGCGUGAGGGACUGAGCCGGGCGCGGGCGCUGCUGCGGCUGAAGACGGCGUACACCAGCCUGUCCACAGACAGCCUCAACAGCGGCAGCACCAGCGAUGGCUAUUGCCCCAAGGAGCACAUGAAGCCCUGCACCAGGGCCCCCUUUCUUGACUACAGGGAUGAGCUGCAACGCUACCAGAAGCGGCCCAGCAGGCUGGACCUCAAGAGCAUCCUGGGCACCAAGCCUGACACCCCUGUGCUCAGGGCCGAGCCGGAUAAGCCAGAGCAGAGGGAGGCGCCGGAGCGGGGCAGGAAGGCGGUGACCUUCCCCAGUCCCAAAGCGCUGGAGACCGGCAGGAAGAAGGAGAUGGGCGGCAAGCUGCCCGCCGACCCACAGGUGCACACCAUCAAGCUCUCGCCCUCGUACCAGCAUGUGCCCUUGCUCGGGAGCCUGGCCAAGAGCAGCACAGCCAUCAGCCACCACACCUCGCUGCUGGGAAGGAAGCAAGCCUGGCUGCCCCCGGCCCUCCUGCAAACAGCCGACACCCUCAGCAAGAUCCCUGAGAAGCUGCCAGCCCAGCCCCUGGCCCCGGCCGAGCAGGAGUCGGUGCAGAAGUACUCGGUGGAGGACACCCCCAUCUGCUUCUCCCGCUGCAGCUCCCUCUCCUCCCUCUCCUCAGCCGACAAUGUGCUGGAUGGGCAGAGCCACAGCGAGAAUGACCUGGACAGUGACUCCUCACUGGAGAUCCUGGAGAUGGAUGAAGGGGAUGGGGAAGCUGAGGACGCGAGGCAGGAGAAGGAGAAGGCGGAGAUGGGUCCGACAACACCGGUGGGGAUCUCCCAGCCCAUCACCAUCCCCUUCCCCAAACGUGACAAGCUCUUCCUGAGGGAUGCAUCCCCCUCCCGCCAGGAGGACCACACUCCCUCCAGCUCCUCAGAGAACUACAUCCAGGAGACGCCGUUGGUGAUGAGCCGCUGCAGCUCCGUCAGCUCUCUGGGCAGCUUCGAGAGCCCAUCCAUCGCCAGCUCCAUCCAGAGCGACCCAUGCAGCGAGAUGAUCAGCGGCACCGUCAGCCCCAGCGAGCUGCCCGACAGCCCAGGGCAGACGAUGCCACCCAGCCGCAGCAAGACGCCGCUCUUCGAGCUGGGCUGCCCACCCGAGAAGGAGACCAGCCAGUUCAACAUCCAGUGGGAGAACAACGUCAAGAAGUUCAUGGAGAUCACUGACUUCAAGGAGCGCUUCCAGCUGCCCCAGGACCUGGACUCCAUGGUUUAUUUCACAGUGGAGAAACCCAAUGAGAAUUUCUCGUGCGCCUCCAGCCUGAGCGCCCUGCCGCUGCACGAGCACUACGUGCAGAAGGACGUGGAGCUGAAGCUGAUGCCCACCUUCCCCGAGAAAAACAGCCUGAAUUUUGCAGUGCACGAGGAGCGGGAGGAGCGGGAGGAGCAGCUCCUGGAGGGCCAACGCCGGGCAGAGCCCAGCUCUGACGAUGACAUUGAGAUCCUAAAGGAGUGCAUCAGCUCCGCCAUGCCCUCGCGCUUCCGCAAGGUGAAGAGCUCGCUGCUCUCGGGGCAGGUCCUGCACCCGCACACCAAGAAGCCCCUCCACGUCCCCGUCUACAUGCUGAUGCCCACACACACUGCUGUCCCCAAGCACCUCCGUGCCACCGCCCGGGAGCUCUACAAGGACGAUGACUCCUACACCGAUUCGGCUGAUGGGACCCCCGUCAACUUCUCCAGCACAGCCUCGUUGAGCGAUGAGACCCUGCGUGGCCCCAAGGAGGAGGCCGAACCCCCCCGCGGUGCGGGAAGGAGACGGGAAAUGGGCACCGCGGCAUCGCCGGCACGGAGAUCUGCUCUGGGCGGCUCAGCGCACACGCGGCCCAGCUCAGCCUGCAGGGGCAGGGCGGGCUCCAGCCGGGACAGCCCCGUGCCGCCGGGCAGAGGCGCGGAGGGGAAGCGGGGACAACCCGUGCUCGGCACGGAGCCAGAGGUGGGGAGGAGCGGCAGCCCUGGGACGCGGCCGUGCAGCCUGCCCGGGAGGAAGGACGGUAUGCGGGAGGAAGGGGCGGCCUUCCAGUCACUGUGCCACACCACGCCGACCGAAGAAGCCGUCUACUGCUUCUAUGAGCACGACUCGGAUGAGCCUGGGCUGGGCAAGGAGGUGCCCGGCGGUGGAGCGCAGCCUGGCCGGGCGCUGCGGAGGGAGCGCUGCGGGGGCUCCGUGCCCAGGAGGGAGCCUGAGACGAAGGGCAAAGCGAAGGGCAAGCUGCAGCACAACCUGAUUGCUGAUGAGACACCGCCGUGCUACUCGCUGAGCUCCUCCAUGAGCUCCCUGAGCGACGGCAACCCCGGCGAGGGUGAGGAGUGUGGUUCAGCCCCCCGGCAGCGCGCAGCGGUGGGGCAGACGCAGGGCCGCUCCCCCAGCCCCAACUCGGAGGACGACCUGCUGCAGAAGUGCAUCGGCUCUGCCAUGCCCAAGCGCCGGCGGCCCUCGACGAGGCGGAGGACGGCGGAGAGGAAGCAGAAGCCGAAGGGCGGCACUGGGAGGGAGCGCCCGGCAGAGGGCAGGCAUCGCUCCGAGGAUUUGGGCUCCGACGGCGGCUCCGACCUGGACAGCGUGGAGUGGGAGGCCAUCCAGGAGGGAGCCAACUCCAUCGUCACCUGGCUGCACCAGGCUGCGGCGUCGCUGUCACGGGAGCCUUCCUCCGAGUCUGACUCCAUCCUCUCCUUCGUCUCAGGGCUCUCGGUCGGCUCCACUCUGCAGCUCUCCCUGGACAGGGCUGAGAAGAAACGCUCUGGAAGUGCGGCCGGGCGGGAGGCGGAGAGGAGGGAGCGUGCCAAGAGCCGCCCGGAGGCGAAGAAGGCGCCGAGCGCCCGUCCUGCUGGCAAUGCGAGGGCAGAGAGGAGCCCAGCACCGAGCAAACCCGUGCCCAACCUGCCGGUGGUUUUCCGCGGCAGGACCGUCAUCUACAUGCCCAACUUGGCCAAGGACGCGCCCAGCCCGCGCUCCACCCCAAAGAAAUCCCCCAUGGCCAAACCCCCGGCGCCCAAGAACCUGUCGCUGAGCCAGCAGCGUUCCCGCAGCCUGCACCGCCUGGGGAAGCCGCCCGAGGGGGGGGACCUGGCUCUGCCCAAACGCAGCACCACGCCUCCUGCCCGCAUCGCCAAAGGACCGCCGUCCUCGGGCUCGUCCCGCACCUCCACGCCCUCGCAGCACGUGCCCAAGAAGCUGCCGUCGCCCUCGCAGCUCUCCAAGCAGAGCCCCGUGCAGACGGGCAAGACGACCGGCCCCCCCUCCCCGCCCGGCCCCUCGGCCAAACCCACGGCCCCCAGAUCCCCGGCCCCCCGGCAGCACAAGACGCAGAAGUCACCCGUCCGCAUCCCCUUCAUGCAGAAGCCCAGCAGGAAGGUGCUGCCGGUGCGCUCGGCCAUGCCGGUGCUGGAGGAGCAGGAGGGCAGCGGCAAGGCGAAGGGCGGCACGCCGGGGGGGGCGGGGAGCAGCCGGCUCAACCUGGUGCGGAUGUCAUCCACUCGCUCCAGCGGCAGCGACUCGGACCGCUCGGGUUUCCUGCGGCAGCUCACCUUCAUCAAGGAGUCCUCCAGCCUGCUGCUGCGGCACCGCGCCGAGCACGGCCCGGCCACCCAGGCCACCUCACUGCCCCGCGGCGCGUCCCCGCAGCGCAGCCGGGCCGCCCUCCCCACCGUCUUCCUCUGCUCGUCCCGCUGCGAGGAGCUGAAAGCGGCCAAACCAGCAGCGCCCGCGCCGCGUCCGCUCGUCCCCAGGGCGCAGCCCGGCUGCAAAGCCCCCGCCGCAUCCAAGCCCCCGCGCAGGACCAGCUCCGAGAGCCCCUCCCGGCUGCCGGUGAAGACGGCCGUCCCAGAGCCGUUCAAGCGCUAUUCCUCAUCGCCCAACAUCAGCGUGCCGCGCCGCACCGGCAGCCCGUCCUCCGUCCUCUCCGCUUGCUCCGAGGCGUCGGCGCGGCGGCGGAAACCCGGCGAGGCGACGGAGGAGAAACCGCCGAUGGCGAUGAUGAAAGGCACGUGGCGACGCAUCCGCGAUGAGGACAUCCCGCACAUCCUGCAGAGCACGCUGCCCUCCACCGCGCUGCCGCUGCUCAGCGCCGCCGAGGAGCCGCUCCCCGGCCCCAGGAAGACCAGCGACGCCGUGGUGCAGACCGAGGACUUCGCCACCACCAAGACCAACUCCAGCACCUCGCCCACGAUGGAGAGCCCCCGGCACGAUGGCGAAGCCCCUGCGCCCACCAAGGCCGCUCUGCCCAUCUCCUUCGGGCACGAGGCGCCCGCCGGGACCUUCCCCGCCAGCCGGCACGGCUCCCCGAGCCGCGCCGCCCGCGUCACCCCCUUCAAUUACGUCCCCAGCCCCAUGGCGGUGCCGGCAGUGGCUGACAAAGCAGUGGAGAAAAUCCAGGCGUGAGCGGCUGCCACGGACGGAUCCCGACGGACCCCUCCUGCCCGCGGGGAUGGAGACGCGGGACGGCCGGGACCCCUCCUCAGCCCAGGCGGGGUUUAUUCCAAUGCAGCUCCAAAGGUUCCCGUGCUGAAGACCAGGCGAAGCCCCGUGGGUGGGGACCGAUCCCUGCAGCCGAGCGCUUCUCAGUGCCGAUGGGAGUCCCCGGGGCGCUGCGGCCCUAGGGGGAGCCCUGGGGGUCGUGUCCCCACAACCCAGAAACACAACAAGCAAAGCCUUAACGCCAGGCUCGCGCCGCACGCUUCAGCUCGCGCACCGGCACGGCACCGCCAGGCAUCGCAGAGCCUUUAUUGCGGGGACGGGGUCACCUCAUCUCGGGGAUACACAGCCAGAGCGAAGCAGGGAGGGACCCCAAAUGUUGAGGCGUGGGGCCGGGCUGGGUUCCAUUUGUGCUGCUCCUACUGAGGGUGCUUGGCUGAGGGCGGUGCUCAUCAGGGCUGGGUGCUUGUCAGGGUCCCGGCUGCUUUGUCACUGAGCUGCUGACUGCCCUGGGGAGGACAGAGAGUGCAGAGGUGGCACCGGGGUGCCCAACCCCAAGGGAAGGGUCUGGGCCCCCCCCCACAGCACGCAGCCCCCGGCACGGCUGGCAGUGAGGCGCCUGCACAGCGUGGACACGGGUCCAUCCAGGACUGGAUUACGCCCACAAGCAGGAGCUGCACGCCCUGCUGCCAGCUGGCCCUGUGCACCCCAGGGUGGGCUGCUGAGUGUCCCCCAUCCUGACCUGGGUGCUCCCCAGCCGACCCACGUGUCCCCCAGUCCCUCCUUGCUGCCCACUCAUGCCUUUGGUCGGGCUGAUCUGCGGGGCCUCCAGGGACCAACACCACCAGGUGCCCUAUGGGUGUCUUCAGGGACAGGCAGGGUGUUAUGGGGACAUGUAGGGGACACAGGGAUGCACCCAUGUAGAUCAAGAAAUAGGGCCGCAGCCCCCUGUGGACGCCUUGUCUCCUCUUGAUGGCCAUAACCCAGAACAGGACCCACGGGCAGGAUGCCAGCGUCACCCCACACACGUGGUUGUGGCCCCGGGUGUCAGUGCCACCAUCCCAGCCCCGCUGCCACCCAUCUGCCCUCUGUGUGACCGUCGGCUUCGUCCCCAUCUGUGUGGAAUCGCGCUGGGUUUGUGGUGUCCCGUCCCCCCGUUGCUGUAUGUAUGUACCAAGGAUGUUAUUUUACCAGGACUCUGGACAGUAUUAAAAAUUAAAUGCAAACCUGUGUAAAUA